AUGGUUUUCUCUCAAAUUCCGCAAUGGGUACUCUUGGGAACUUCCAAGGAGGACUUCGAAAAGGCUAAAAUUGAUGUUCUUUUGAACUUGAGUCAUCUUUGGGUUGAUCCCAAACCUGACACAGUUCAGCAACCGAGGCAACAUUCCUCUUCGUAUGAGAGGAAAUCCUCGAAGAAUAAGGACAUUAUGUGUCAAUUCUGCAAAAAUAAUGGACGCUCUGCGAGAGUCUACAAGUCUCAUGACAAGAAAAGCUGCCCGGUUCUGAACGCCUACAAGUGCCCAACAUGCGGUAAGAAUGGACAUACCGUUCGCUAUUGUCCCGAGAAGAAAAUCGUCACUCCUGAGGAGGCUGGUAUGGUUAAUUAA